AUGAAGUCCGACGCGGUUCCAGCGACGAGAUACAAUUUCGCUAUUGUCUUCUUUGUUGCUCUUGGCUCAUUCACUUAUGGCUUCAAUGCUUCUAUUAUGGGCACAGUCUUCGGACUCGCCCCUUUCUUCUCCUAUUUUAACCUGUCACUUACAGGACCGGAUGCAGACUAUGCCAAUUCUAUGAUCGGAGCUACAAACGGUCUCUUCUCGGCCGGAGGCAUCGUAGGGUGUCUCCUCAUGAUCAGACUUGCCGACAAGUUCGGAAAUCAACCUACAGCUGUUGCCCCUGGCAUCCUCGGCCUUGGCUCGCAACUCGUCCCCGAAUCCCCCCGUUGGCUUGUACAAAAGAACCGUGUCUCUGAAGCUCUCGACAUCCUGACCAAGCUCCAUCACCAACCCGGUGCCCUAGACAACGCCGCAUCUCAAUCUGAAUGUAGAGCUAUCGAGAUACAGGUCAUGUCAGAACCCGCCAAGGCCAUGACUUUCUUUGGAAUCAUGAGAAAGCCUUCCUACCGCAAGCGUGUUCUUAUCGGACUGUUCGUCCAGCGAAUUGGAUCCACUGACGAGUGUCUGCAGGUUGGCUGUGGUCUCAUGGUGGCUGCCGAGACCGCCCUAGGGGCCGUUUCUGCCAAGAAGAAGAAUGACCGUGGCAUCAACGCAGCGGGCGUUGUCUUCCUCUUCGCCUUUGUGACCUUCUAUGGCGGCUGCGUCGAUGCCAUCAGCUAUAUCUACUGCACUGAGAUCUUCCUAACGGCGAUUCGUGCCCAAGGAGUGAGCUACUCGGUCAUUGGCUCGUUUGGUAUGACUCUAGUCUAUACCCAGCCAGCGCCGAUCGCUUUUGCACAGGUCGGAUGGAAGUAUUACCACGUUUCCAUUAUUCUGCCACUUCUCAGUGCUCCCGUUCUGCACUUAUGCUUCCCCGAGACAAAAGGUCUUCUUUCUUUAGAGGAGAUCGGGGCGGUCUUUGGUGAUAGAGAAGGUACUAUAUCCGUUUCGGUGCACGAGGACACGGCAGAUCAGGAACAGUAA